AUGUAUGCAAGAAGGACGACGACGACGACGACGAUAAGUCAAGGCUUGACAGACCGCGACGCGACCGCAACGCGUCUGCCAAUGCCCGGAAGCCGUGUCGCCGAGGCGUCGACCUCGGACUACCGUGUGGCGGUGUUCGGCGCCGGCGGUGUCGGCAAAUCGUCGAUCACUCAGCGAUUCGUCAAAGGCACAUUCAAUGAUAAUUAUGUGCCGACAAUUGAGGACACCUAUCGACAAGUGAUCAGCUGCAAUCAGAAGAAUGUGUGCACACUUCAAAUCACCGACACCACCGGCAGCCAUCAGUUUCCGGCGAUGCAGCGGCUAUCGAUGAGCAAAGGCCACGCGUUCAUUCUCAUCUACAGUAUCACUAGUAUGCAGUCCCUUGAGGAGCUCGGCCCAAUUAUAUUGAUGCUCAAAGAAGUGAAGGGCGCCGAAAUCGCGCAAGUGCCUAUAAUGCUAGUAGGCAAUAAGAAGGACGAGGACGCGAAGCGCGAGGUGUCGACGUCGUUGGGCGAAAAGCUCGCCGCCCAAUGGGGCACCGGUUUCAUUGAGACGUCGGCGAAAAACAACGAGAACAUCACCGAGCUGUUUCAGCAGCUUCUCGCCAUGGAGAAGAAGCGCCAAUUGGCGUUGACGAUGGACGAUCCCGAUGGGAAGAAUGGCAAAAAGAAGGGGUGCCUUGUAAUGUAG